AUGAACUAUCCACCACCAUCAUCAGAUAACAAUAAUUUUGAAACGAACAACGUGAGUGGUACAACUGCUACUACCACUGGGAAUCCGUAUGAUUCUGCUGGAAUGAGCUACCUUCCAUACUAUGGGCAAGGGAUGAAUACCACAGACAUGUCGAGCUAUUAUAAUAACAAUGGCAUGCCAUAUCCUCCUCAACAGCCUUAUCCGCCUGUAGGAGCAACCAUAUAUCCUCCUCCAUCCGAUGCCACGAUUUAUAAUAGCGGCAUGAUGACCUAUCCACCCACCAACACAAAUCCGACCUCUACGAAUAGUUAUGAACUAGUUCAACAGCAGCCAUCCACAACGAACACCCAUACAGCCAGUAGCAAUAACACCAACACAACACAAACACAUGGAGUGCAGCCCACAACAAUGGUCGACCGCAAGCGGGAUGAACCAAAAAGUGAACCAUCCUCAUCUGUGGCUCGCGAAGAACAAGUUCAUGUCAAUGUAGAUGCUCCUCCUCGCACCACCACCACUGCUUCUGAACAUCAUGCAAAACAUGAAUCUCCUCGUAGUCAUAGACCAUUGACAAGACAAAACUCGAUUCACUUGACUUGUCCAAGAAUUCAUUGUGAUUGCUUCUCAUCAUGCCCCAGUUUCUCGGACAUGAAUCGUAUGGAAAAGUAUCAACUCUUCACUGUGGUUGGUGGUGUUUUCUUCUUCAUUUUAGGUCUCGCGUUGUUUGCUGUAACUGGAGCUCUUUAUGGAGUUGUGAAUUCGGAUCCUCUCAUGGUGAAGGACCCUAAUGCCCUCAUUUAUGUCCAUAGAAAUUGUUGCACGGUUGAUUUUGUUGACGAAUGUUAUACCUCCAAAUCUAAAUACUCGUACAAUACUUACUGCAAAUAUCAAGUGACUUUUCCUCGAUUGGGCACUGCUGCUCUGUUGAAUGAUACUUUGAGAGGAGGAGGGAUUACAUGCUCUUCUUCCAGCACAGAUACCAUCACCCGUGUCACACAAAACUCGUAUGCCACUUCCUACUACUCGGUAAUGACUGGACGUCGUAAUGUCGAUUGUUACACGGAUAAGGAAGAAAAGAACGUUGCCCUUAGAGAACCGUAUAGUGAACUCUAUUCAGGAAUGGUUACUGGAGCAAUUGUUUGUGUUUGCUUUGCCAGUGUCAUUAUAGCAACCAUUGCCAUUAAGGUUGGAGUUUAUUUGUAUGUGAAAUGGAGAGAUUAA